CUCCAUCUCAAAUUGAAAUCAGUCCAACCGUUGUGCCUUUGAAAAUUGUUAAUGUUCGCGAGUGUUAUGGUGUGGCUAAUUUGUGUUUAUUAUUUCUAAAGUGACCUAAAAUUAAGCUUAAGUAGGAUAUAUAACGUCACUGGUUGGCAUAAAAUACUUAACUGGCAUAAGCUGUCCGGUUAUAAACAUUGACAUACCAACAAAGGAUUUCUGACCAUCCAUGACCGCAUUUGCGGUAUAACGGUUUGUUCGACAAUCUGAACCGAAGACAACAUGGUUGACGGGGAAAAUAGCAAAGGGACGAUAGAUACGGUCCAGGUGGCCCUUCGUAUUAGGCCUUUAAUGCAACAGGAGACUGACAGGGGCUGUGAAGAAUGCAUAGAAGCGGUGCCCGGCGAAAACCAAGUUCAGAUCAAAGACCUGGCGUUUACGUAUAACCAUGUAUUCCCACAACACAUAACACAGCAAGAGUUUUAUGAUACGGCAGUGAAAGGGCUUAUUUCGAAGCUAUUUCAAGGUUACAAUGUUACUAUUUUGGCUUAUGGACAGACGGGGUCAGGAAAGACAUACACAAUGGGCACAAAUUAUUCAGGCUCUGACGGAGACUUCACUAAACUAGGUGUAAUCCCUCAGGCAGUAGCAGACAUAUUUGACUUCAUAGAGACCCAUGAGGACAAAUUCAUCUUCAAAGUGAAUGUUUCGUUCAUGGAACUGUAUCAGGAGCAAUGUUAUGACCUCCUCUCGGGAAAAGAGAGGGGACACUCUAUAAUUGAGAUUAGGGAGGACAUCAAUAAGGGAGUUAUUUUGCCAGGUAUAACGGAACUGACCGUGACAUCAACCAUGGAGACCAUGAUGGUACUAGAACAGGGUUCCUCUGGCCGAGUGACAGGCUCCACUGCCAUGAACCAAGCCUCUAGCCGGAGUCAUGCUGUCUUCACCAUCAUCAUCUCUAAGGAAAGCCGGACUGACAAAAACCUAGCCACCACAUCAAAGUUCCACCUAGUCGAUCUGGCCGGUUCAGAGCGCAUUAAAAAGACGAAAGCCAGCGGCGAACGGCUAAAGGAAGGCGUGAAGAUUAACCAGGGCCUCCUGGCUCUUGGAAAUGUGAUCUCAGCUCUUGGAGACGGCACCAACAGGAGUUAUAUUAGCUAUAGGGAUAGCAAGCUGACCAGGUUACUGCAAGACAGUCUCGGCGGUAACUCUCUGACACUAAUGGUGGCGUGCGUCAGCCCAGCGGACUACAACCUGGAUGAGACCGUAUCCACGCUGCGGUACGCGGACCGAGCGCGACGCAUUCGCAACAAGCCAAUCAUCAACCAGGACGCUAAGGCUGCCGAGAUCGUCAGGCUAAAUAACUUAGUAAACGAACUAAGACUCCAACUACUCGGCAAAGCCCCCACCGUCAGCGAGCAAAACAACGAAAAACUUAUCGAAGAAAUCGAGCGCGAAAAAGCCAAAUACGCUGAACUGCUCAAAAAACACAAGCAAGUCACCGAACACCUCGGAAACAUGCUCAUCGAGAACACAAAUCUAUGCGAAAAGGCGCUCCUAGCCGAAGCUGCCAAAGACAAAAUAGAGCAGAAACUCAACGAGCUCACGGAACAAUGCAACCAAACCAUAGACAAUCUAAAUGAAAGUAAAGAUGAGAAAAAUAAGACGACAGUGCUGGAUUAUAUUAAGGAGAUUAAGAGUAAGCUAGAAGAUUUGCAGUCGGUGAACUUUAAGACGAAUGAGGAGUUGAUAGAUUACGAGAUAAAGCUGUCGUUCACGAAGGAUGAGGGCGAGGAAGGGGAGGAUGUGGUGCUGAGUGAAGAUCAGGCGGUGCUUGAAGAAGAGAAGAGAGCUAUGGGACAGGUGGCAUUAAACCAAGAGCUACAAGAGUUAAACCGAGCCAUGGCGAUCAAGGCGUCCGUGGUGCAAGCGAUCCUGGCCAGCAACAAGGACAUGCUGGACAGCCACAACAACCUCAAGGAGAAUGAGGAGAAGAUAGCGCUACUGGAGAAGGAGAAGGAGGAGCUAGUGCAGCAUCUGAGGAAUAGUAAGAGUAAGGAUCCAACCCACGAAGAACGUCGCACCAAGGUCCAGACCUUGGAAGCCGAGAUUACUGACCUCAAGAAGAAAUGCCAGCAGCAGGCCUCCAUCAUCAAGAAUAAAGAAAAGAACGAGGCUAAGAUUAAUUCGCUCAAUGCUGAGUUAAAGGCCAUGAAAGUUACUAAGGUGAAAAUAAUCCGGCAAAUGCGCGAAGAAAGCGAGAAAUUCCGCAAAUGGAAGGCCGACAACGAACGCGCCAUGCUCCGGCUCCGGAACGAAGACCGCAAGCGCGCUAACGCUAUGGCCAAAAUGGAGUCGCUACAUGCCAAGCAGCAGAACGUGCUUAAGAGGAAGAUGGAGGAAGCGGUCGCCGUCAACAAGAGACUUAAGGAAGCCUUAGACAGGCAGAAGCAGACUCAAAUGAAGCGUAGCGCCAAGGGCAACGUGAAAGCAGGAGCCGUCCAGCAGUAUAUAGAACAAGAGCUGGAAGUACAUCUUAGCAUUGUUGAGGCAGAGAAAUCGCUCGAGGAACUCAUGGAGUACAGAGCGUGGAUUACGGAACAGAUAGAAGUCCUCCGCAAGGGCCCUGACAGCGAGGAAAACCAGCAAAAGAUAGCCGAGCUCGAAGAUAAUCUGGCGCUUCGCAAAGCACAGAUAUCUGACCUGCAGCAGAAGAUACUCACAGCAGAUCAGGAAAAUAAAUCCCGCACCCAAUGGGACAACGUCCAAUCCAUGCUUGAAGCUAAAGUCGCCCUCAAAUGCCUCUUCGACCUCCUAGUAGAAGCCAAGAAAGAACUCCAGAACCAGAGCGAGAAGGGCUACCAGGCGCGCUACGAGGAGAUUAAGGAGGCGCACGACAGGCUGCUGAUGGAAUUCGAAAAUUGUAAAGCGGACUUGGAGCAGAAACUGGCCAACCAUAAGCUGCAGAGCGAACAAAAGCUAACAGCGCUAGUCGCCCUUCAACGCGGCGUCGUAGGCAACAAGAGUCAAGCGUGCCAGCACCUCCAGAACGUGAUACAAUACCAGCAAGAAAAACUGGACCAGGUCGAGGCCGAGAAUAUCGUGAUUCAGUAUCAGCGAGAAAAGUUGGACAAAAUUGAAGCUGAAAAUAAAAAGUUGUCUGACGAACUAGAGCAGCUUCGCACAGCGUCCACGAAUGGGAACGCCAAGAAACAGAAGAAGGGCAAGAAAGAGGGAGAUAAGAAGACUGAAUACGUAGAGAUUUCCGAUGAGGAGGAAGAGGACAGAGAGAAUGAUGACGACGAUCCUGAUUGGAGAGCCACGCCGCUGUACAAGCGUAUACAGGCGCACCGGUCCCGCCUCACAAACAACUUCACCGCCGACAACGCCAACAACUCGAACGAGCGCCUCCGCGAGCGCGAGCCCAGCCGCGCCGUCAAGCGCGACAGCGGCGGCACCACGCACUGCACCUGCCGCGGCAGCUGCUCCACCAAGAUGUGCGGCUGUGUGAAGGCAGGGAAUGGGUGCGGGAGUGGCUGUCGGUGCCAGCCGGCGUUGUGCAAGAAUAAGAAGUUUUCUUCUACUAAUGCGUCGGAUAGCGAGGAGAAGGAGAACACGCCAACCAGUGUGCUGGACACAACACCGCCUUCAUACUUCGGCACCAACUUACUCCCGACUAGCCCCGAGUCAACCCUGCAACAGCUCACGCCUGUCAAACAGAGAGAACGGCCGCUGACAAACAGAAGUCUAAGAAGCAACCAGACACAGAAAUGGAUGUUCGCAUUACUAGUAUACAACACUUGUGUGGCGCCUAUGUCUUCAUACUGCGCCAACAAUAUAGUACAAUACGGGAUGGACGUGGCCAAAUAUAAUGUGCUUGCGAAUGUAGUAAAGCUACUGAUGCGGGAGAAGUCACCCUAACCUAACGUUCGUAAAGAAAAGACAGAGGAGUUACUUUUUCUCUAACGACGAAUAGACUGACUUAAUCCCCUGGAUGCCGCAUAGUAUUUAUAAUCUAUAUCCUUAAUGUGUUUAAAUAUUUACGCCUUUACAAAUUUACUUAUACGCUCCGCCGAAA